AGAAAUCUCACCCUCUGGCCUUACCUAAGCCAUUCAUUUGUUAUCCAUUCAUUCUCUUCUCUUUCUUCUUGACGCAAGAGAGCAUGAAAUCAGAAGGGGAAGAGCUAAUAUUUUAUCCGAAAAUGCCCAGGGAGUGAGAGAAAGGAGAGUUCGAGGAUGAUGGAGGUGGUUCCGACACUAAGUCUUGAACCCUAGCCGUCACCCCAAUUCUAUCAUCCAUCGUCUUGUUAAUUUAACGCCGGUGGUGCAGCGAUGCCGGCCAACGCGAAGCAGAAACCACUCCCGCCGACACCUUUGUUUUCGAUAUGUAUUUUGGAUGUAUUAAGUCCCGCACUCCAGCCGACUUCAGAUGAGGAUUGCAUUACCAUCGGACAUCGUAUUCCCAGGAGGCCAGGAGGAUGCGAAGCUCCGAUAGUCCGAUCCAUACCAAUCGCAGAAGCUCAGAUCGCAUCUGCCGGGAUGAAAUCGAUCUAGAGGCUCAUAUCCCGCAACCAUUCAAUCCAUUCAACCCUCAAUUGCCAACUCAAAUUUGCGAUUGCAGGAAGAAAAACGACUUCUUGCGUAGCAAAAUUUGGAAUGCAAUCGCUUCGAGGAGAGCUCGUUAAGUGCUAAACUUUGGGAAGGAUUGGAGGCGACAUGGCUGCCGGGCUGGACAGACCAGCGGCAAUCCGGAUCUUCACUGCAGCUUUUGAAAUGG